UUGAUUUAAUCACUCAAUUUUACAGUUUAAUAUAGCCUGCACUGUAGCAAAUUCAUUUCACCUCCCUCCGACCAAAACUAAAAACAGUUUAUAAGCAGCGCUAAAGUUCUUUACUACAAUGAAAAUAAUGCGGCUUAGACUAGGUUGGAAACUGUCGGAUGUUCUUGGCCUGGCUCUAUUGGGAAUGUUAAUUCAGUCGAUUGACUCUACACCUCCCGACAAGGUGGAAAAGCCCCUGCUAAACAAACUGCACCUGCUGAAGGUGCACAGACAGCUCCUGGACAAUUUGAAYCAAUAUGCMGAUAAACUAGAGGAGAAGGUAGAUACAAUGAGAAGGCUAGUCCUGCAACUCGAUAGUCCUUUGCUGCUGGCCAAGGACCCAGAGGCGGAGUUUUUCUUCAAUCCUCUACACAGUUAUUCGCUCACACGGCAAAUGCACUUCGACUGGCCACAAGUGGAGAAACUCAUGGAGCAGAGAGCGGGUUUGGAGCAAAUUGAUUUUCUCAAGCAAAUGCGCGAUGAGUUGCCUCAACUUGAGGAUGUCAAAGAGGCAGUGGCUGCUAUUUACCGGGUGCAGCAAAUCUACAAGCUCAAGCCAACGGAUAUAGCUAACGGUUUGCUCGAUGGAGCUUAUGUGAAUUCACAGCUCUCGAUCUCUGACUGUUUUGAGAUGGGAGCGAACUUGUUCGAGGCAUCGCAGUUCACAGAUGCAGCUAAUUGGUUAUAUCUGGCUAGAGAUUUGUGGGAUCAGUCCCCGAUUGCACCCUUUGAAUUGUUAACUGUCCCACGUACUCAAAUAUCCUCACUCUUGGCGAGAUCCAUAAUGGCAGCAGGUGACGAGGAACUAUCACGAGCUGCUCUCUUAGAGGAGCCCAGCUUGAGGGACCAGGUAGAGCAGUUGCUGUUGGAUUAUCGAAACUAUAAUGUUACCAAUAUUGAAGACCAUCCUUACUUAGACAUAAUGGACAAAGAAUUUAUUGAGUUUUGUGGGUCGUCUUAUAUGCCCCAACCGACUCGACUUGUGUGUUCUUAUAAGACGAAACCUUCAAAGUUUUUGUAUCUAGCUCCAUUUAAAAUGGAACUGUUAUCCGAGGAUCCUUACAUGGUUUUAUUUCACGAUGUGAUCUACGAAUCGGAGAUAGAACAUCUGAACCGUAUAUCUGAGCCAUUCUUGCAACGCGCCACAGUUGUUGUCGAAGAUGAUGGAGAAGACACGUUAAUAAAGUAUCGAACUGCCAAUGGCGCUUUCCUAUAUAGAGACGAAAUAUCGCCAAAGGAUGUUCAAUUGGUGGAGCGCAUAUUCCAGAGGAUGAGAGAUAUGUCUGACUUGCAGAUUAACGAUGACGCCUUUGAAUAUCUGAAAUAUGACUUUGGGGGUCAUUACGAUAUACAUGCGGACUAUUUUAAUUACACCAAAGAGGAGUUCACUGACGAUCGCUUUGCCACCUUUGUAAUUUAUCUCAAUGAUGUGACUCGGGGUGGUGCUACAGUCUUUCCCGACGUGGAAAUAGCGGUUCAUCCGGCGAGGGGCAAAGUGAUCCACUGGUACAACAUGAAUCCCAACUCAUUCGACUAUGAGGUCCGCUCUUAUCAUGGCGCUUGCCCCGUUCUGAUCGGCCAAAAGAUUGAAUUCAUAGUGAGCUUAAACACUUACAGGCUAGUCCUGCAACUCGAUAGUCCUUUGCUGCUGGCCAAGGACCCAGAGGCGGAGUUUUUCUUCAAUCCUCUACACAGUUAUUCGCUCAUACGGCAAAUGCACUUCGACUGGCCACAAGUGGAGAAGCUCAUGGAGCAGAGAGCGGGUCUGGAGCAAAUUGAUUUUCUCAAGCAAAUGCGCGUUGAGCUGCCUCAACUUGAGGAUGUCAAAGAGGCAGUGGCUGCUAUUCACAGGGUACAGCAAAUCUACAAGCUCAAGCCAGCUGAUAUAGCUCACGGUUUGCUCGAUGGAGCUUAUGUGAAUUCGCAGCUCUCGAUCUCUGACUGCUUUGAGAUGGGAGCGAACUUGUUCGAGGCAUCGCAGUUCACAGAUGCAGCUAAUUGGCUACAUCUGGCUAGAUACUUGUGGGAUCAGUCCCCGAUUGCACCCUUUGAAUUGUUAACUGUCCCACGUACUCAAAUAUCCUCACUCAUGGCGAGAUCCAUAAUGGCAGCAGGUAACAACAAGCUAGCGCGAGCUGAACUGCUAGAAGGUUUUCAUCGAAACUAUACAAUUACCAAAAUUGAAGACCAUUCUUACUUAGACAUAAUGGACAAUGACUUUAUUGAGUUUUGUGGGUCGUCUUAUAUGCCCCAACCGACUCGACUUGUGUGUUCUUAUAAGACGAAACCUUCAAAGUUUUUGUAUCUAGCCCCAUUCAAAAUGGAGCUGUUAUCCGAGAAUCCUUACAUGGUCGUUUUUCACGAUGUGAUCUCCGACUCGGAGAUACAGCAUCUGAGAAAUACGGCUGAGCCCUUGUUGCAGCACUCCUAUGUUAAGAAAAGCAUCAAUGAGAGUGUUAUAUCAAAAGUUCGAACUGCAAAAGGCUCUUUUAUGCGUGCAGAUCGCCUAUCCCCGGAGAGUGCUCAAGUGGUGCAACGUCUAAAGCAGAGGUUGGGCGAUCUAUCGGAUCUAAAUAUAAGGAGGAAGGGCUAUAACGAGAUGCAGUAUCUCAACUAUGACUUUGGGGGUCAUUAUCUCCUCCAUACGGACUAUUUUAAUAUCUCCAUGAACGACCGCAUUGUCACCUUUUUAAUUUAUCUCAAUGAUGUGACUCGGGGUGGUGGCACAAUCUUUCCCCAAGUUAAACAAGUGGUUCAUCCGGAGAAGGGCAAAUUGAUCUUGUGGUACAAUAUGAAUUCAAAUCUCGAUUAUGAGGUAGAUAGUCUUCAUGGUGCUUGUCCCGUUCUGAUUGGGCGAAAAACAGCCAUCGUCUAUUGGAUCCGCGAACACGAUCAAAUGUUUGUAAAGCCUUGCUUAAAGCCGCCGCAAAAUCGACGUACAGAAGCGAUAGAGGGAGAUGGAUUUUGAGAUAGAGGGAGAGAGAGAGAGAGAGAGAGAGAGAGAGAGAGACAGAGACAGAAGGGAGAUAUAUAUUAC